AACUUUGCAAGCAUGACCUGACGUCAAUGUGUGCCCAUGGAUAGUUAUCCAAAUGGAGAUGUCCCUGUCUUGGUAAAUGGGAUUGGGACAACAGUAACAACCCGUACAACCAGAACAGAGGUCAGAGACAUUCUAUUACCUCCCUUUACUUCUAAUGUAGGUAGUAGUAACACUUCAUUGAUAUCCAAGACAGCUCUCAUGACUGCUAUCACCAGUGUUUACAAUACUGAGACCACACCCCUACCAGCUGCCUCAAACACUACAGAUGGAACAACUAAAGGAAAGGAACACCAUCCCAACUGCGACACUGCUAGUACCACCAACACAGCCUUACCUUCUCUUUGGUCUGUGCAUGGUUAUACAAAUAUUAAUGCUGGAAACACAACUUUUUCAGUCUCUAAUACUUCCGAUAUUGUCAGCAUGACAACAGCUGCAACUUCAACCUCAACCUCUGAACACAUGUCGCCUUCAAGUACAACACCAACUGUAACGUCAUCAGAUUUGUCGGAAGUGAUCACAAUCGAUGCGAAUCUAAUGAGGAUUAAAGAGGAGGUCAUGGAUGAAGAGGAUAAUACAAAUGAGACUAGUAACAACCUUAUGGAGAAUACUGACUGGUUCCUGGAUCAGGUUAAAGAUGGCUACAAGGAAUGUAAUGUACACCAGAUGGACAUGUUGGAACAGAAUCUUGUCUGCCUUUCAUGUCAAAAAUUAAUAUGUGCUCUGUGUUUACGAGACUUCCACUGUGGACAUGACAUCAUCUCCAUCUCUAAACUAAAGGAAUGCCGUAAUGUCAGGAGUGCUUUGGAAGAUGAUGUUUCAACCCUUCAGCUGCUUCAACAAACUUUCAAAACAGAAUUUGAGGACAAACAGGAAUUAAAAAAACUAAUAGAGCAAUCAGCAGCAUCUUUACUGAAGAAUGUUGAUACUGCCUUUGACCAGCUGCUGACAAUAGUAGAAAACAAGAGAACAGAAAUAAAGAAACAUAUAUGUGAUUUUGAGAAGCAGAAUGUGAACGACCUGUGUAAGGACCUAGAAAGAAUCAAAGCAAUUGAGCAGGAAGCAACAUUAAUGAUACGGAGAGUCAUGGUGUUCUUCACCAAGUUUGACAUUGUCGAAGCAAGGAGUCUACCCAUCAUGUUAUCAGAGGUGAUGUCAAGAUGUAAAGAGUUUCGAUUCAAUCGGCGAUCUAAUGAACAGAGGGAAAAAUGUCUUCCACAAAAGAAAUUUUCAAAUAUUUUACCAUCGCUACUGGCUGUAACCAACAUCUGUAAAACUUUACACCCUGAAGCAACAAAAGUGGUUUGGUCCAAGAUCACCCCAGAGAAACGCAAUGGAGACUCAGAUGCUACUUCGAAAGCUGCGUGUGAGGACAUGAAAGAUCCCAGUGUACUUCUGGCCCACCUUGCUGGUGCACAAGAUGAGACUUGCUUCCCUCCAUCCCAUGAAACAGAGACUGAAGAUGUAAUGGAAAUUAUCGUUCCCCAAUCAAAGAAGAGAACAACUGGGCAGAAACAAAACAGUGGGAGAGGUAGACCUAAACAGAAAAGGAAAGAUAAGGACCGAUCUUUAUCUCCAGUCACAGCUCCUUCUUGUCCAAAGACUUCUAAGAAAUCCAGAAAUUCAGCUGAGUGUUUUGUUCCUUCAACUUCAUCAAAUUCAUCAACUAGCUCCCCCACUUCUGCUCUUUCUUCUGCCUCUACAACAGCACCUGUCUCCUGUUCAUCGUCCACACUCCCAGUGAUAACAUCAGUCAUAUCACUGGCUGAAAACAACAAAAGCUCAGCGAAGAAGCCCGCUGCCUCAAUAGCUGGACUGUUCGACAUUGAUUUUAAGUCGGAUAUCACACAACAUUUAAAGGACAGAAAAACAGACAAAAAGAAAGUUAUGGCUGUUUUUCCUUCUGUGAAAAAGACCUUGAAUAAUGCUGCUAAAUCUCCUGGCCGUCGACCACAACAACGGACUCGACUUUCAGAGAGUAGUUCAUCCUCACUUGAGUCUAUUUCUGGCUCUUCAUUUUUAACAUCCAAUACAAGAACAACAACCAUUACUACAGCCUCCCCUACUGUUAGGCCUGUGUCUAAUUCCAGGACAACAACUACAACAAGUCCUAGUAUGAUUAAUUCAAGUGCAUCAAGUUCAAGGUCAGCUGAUGGAGAAACAGGCGCAGCAGCAUCAACAGGGACUAACAGUGAGGACUCCGAGACAAAUGAUGAGGACCAGACAAUAGGAGUGGAUGGUUUUCCUGUCCUCAGCCUUGUCAGCUUCUACCCUCAAACCAUGACCCAAGGUCGGACGGUGAUGGUACGAGGUCUUCAUGGGAAAAAGUGGCUUGGCUAUGUGUCUGAUAAUUCCACGCUAAAAACUAACAGUUACUACUUCUCAGUCCAGUGGUUCAAGGGAGAAUUUGGUGUUGAUACCAAAUUUGACAUUCAAGAAAAAUGGCAGAGAAAAUCAGAUAGGGUUCAUACCGACUGUAUAAUAUGUCAUUUCAAUUACACUGUGAAGGAAGAGAUGUCACAAGAAUUAAUACAACAGCUGAAAAUUGCCUCAAAACAGCCUCCAUGUGCUGAGAAACGUCGCAAUGAACCACCCAAAAGGGCCAGUCCAAGUAGAACGCCGACCCAGUCCAAAAGUAGAUUACCUUCUGUUUCACCUAGACAAAGUAGAGAAGGUGCAACAGGAACUGCUUCCAUAGCAACCAGGAGAGGCACGCCCACCUCCAAGUCUAGUAACAAAUCUAACAGUAAAUCUUAGUAGUGGACAUCCAUAUCUACCAUGUUGUGACUGUUUAUGUGCUGUACAGCUGAUGGUCAACCAUUGAUUUCUUUUUGUAAUCUAGUGAUAUAAAAUACCAUCAAUGUCUUUUCUUGGGUUUUGAAAUAGCAAGUAUAAGUUAGGUUUUUCAGUUCAUUUUGCCCCAUUCCCAUUGUUCCACUAUCUAAUCACUUCAAAAGGAAUUGAAUAUUUGAGCAAAAAUACUUCUCAAACACAUUCUUGUUAAGAUGUCUUCAUGUAUAUAGAAAAUGUUAUGUGAAUGGAAAUACUCUUAUAUUGAUCAAUUUGUAAUAAUUAUUGUGGUAGCACAUUUCAUAAUGCAAUUAUUAAAAUGAAAUAUUACUGUUGUAAUAAAUUUGUGCAAGGGAGUCUAUGCAAUAACAUGGUGUGUGAAGUAAAAAGUCAGGCUUAUUACAAGACGAUAAUGAAAAUAUCCCCACAGCAAUAGAUAUAAAUGACAUUAUUACUAGGCAUAGAUUUGAUUGAUGACAUGUAUCCUGGUAAGAUUUGGGAAAAGUGGGUUCUUCCUUGGCUUCUAUUUUUCAUGGUUUUCAAUUCAAGGGGAAAAACAGUUCAGCAUUUGGAACCAACUCUGGGAUAUCAAGAAUUUGAAAUUAAAACAGUUACCUGGUAUUCAUAAUAAUGUAUAAAUAAUCAGCAAGCUGUUGAUUUGAAGUCAACAUCAUGUAAGUAAGGUCAAAGUACCCAUGUUAAUACACAGUUCUCAAUUUAAGUCACAGUUCCUAUGUAAAGUCACAGUUCCUAUGUAAAGUCACAGUUCCUAUGUAAAGUAACAGUUCCUACGUAAAGUCACAGUUCCUAUGUAAGGUCACAGUUCCUAUGUAAAGUCACAGUUCCUGUUUAACGUCACAGUUCCAAUGUAAAGUCACAGUUCCUAUGUAAAUACACAGUUCCUAUGUCAAGUCACAGUUCCUAUGUAAAUACACAGUUCCUAUGUCAAGUCACAGUUCCUAUGUAAAGUCACAGUUCCUAUGUAAAGUCAAAGUUCCUAUGUAAAGUCGCAGUUCCAAUGUAAAGUCACAGUUCCUACGUAAAGUCACAGUUCCUACGUAAAGUCACAGUUCCUAUGUAAAUACACAGUUCCUAUGUCAAGUCACAGUUCCUAUGAAAAUACACAGUUCCUAUGUAAAGUCACAGUUCCAAUGUAAGGUCACAGAUCCCCUGUAGGUUGUAAUUCCCAUGUAAAGUCACUGUUCCAUGUAAAGUCACUGUUCCCAUAUUUAAUCACUGUUCCCAUGUGAAUUCCCAGAUCCCAUGUAAAGUGUUAGUUCCCUUGUAAAGUCAAUGUUCCCAUGUAAAGUCACAGUUCCCAUGUAAAGUUACAGUUCCCUUGGAAAGUCACUGUUCCAAUUAAGAGUGGCAGUUCUCAUAUAAAGUCAUAGUUCGAGAAAGACUUUUUUUUUAUAUUUUUAUAACCUGUUUGUUAGUUGUUUUUAAAUCUAUACAAUAUUUACACAUCCCAAAAAAUACAAUUAAAUGUUUAAAAGAUGUAUCAAGAUUUCAGUUGAAUGAAACUCUUCUAGUCAAUUAACUUUCACUCAAGUUAUAACAUUUCGGCAUUAUGAUAUUGGUAAUAGAAUAAUCUUACCCCAUGACACACAUUUUCUAUCAUCCAUAAAGAAAGUAUUAUAUUGGUUGUCUCCCUUUGUUCAUUUGACUUGUUUUGUAUGAAAGGUAUUACAUAGUAACUAUUAUGCAGAUAUGUGUAUCAAUAUUGACAGUAUAUUGUAAAAAGGAAAUAUUUUUGUUUCGAUAUUCCUUAUAAUCAAUUAAAAGAAUUUGUGUUUUGGAGGGAGGUAACUCUUAAUCAAGUCUAGGAUUGUUAUGGUAGUUAUUUUGUAUUUUGUAGGGAGGUAACUCUCACACAAUUGUUGGAUUGUUGGAUGGAUCAUAACAGCAUCAAAUAUUGCUAUACAAGUUCCUGUAAUUAUUAAUUCAAUGUUGCUUUACACUUUCCUGUAAUGAGUAAUACAAUAUUGCUGUACAACUUCCUGUGAUUAGUAUUUCAAUGUUGCUGUACAAUUUCCUGUAAUCAGUAAUUCAAUGUUGCUGUACCACUUCCUGUAAUUUGUAAUUCAAUGUUGCUUCACAACUUCUUGUAAUUACUAAUUCAAUACUGCUGCAAAACUUGUUGUAAGUAAUAAUUCAAUAUUGUUUAACAACUUCCUGAAAUUAGUAAUUCAAUGUUUUUGAACAACUUCCUGUUAUUAGUAAUUCAAUAUUGUUUUACAACUUCCUGUAAUUUGUAAUUCAAUGUUGCUUCACAACUUCCUGUAAUUAGUAAUUCACUGUUGCUGUACAAUUUCCUGUUAUUAGUAAUUCAAGGUUGCAGUACCAUUUCCUGUAAUUUGUAAUUCAAGGUUGCUUUACAACUUCCUGUAAUAGUAAUUCAGUGUUGCUGCGCAACUUCCUGUAAUUAGUAAUUCAAUAUUGUUUUACAAGUUGUUGUAAUUAGUAAUCCAAUGUGAAGAACUGAAUCAAAUAUAGAUUUUAUUUGUUUAUAGAGAUAACUUGAAAACAAUACUCAGUGAAUGGGUGAAUUUAUUUUGUGGUCACCACCAUAUUUGUAAUCAUUUAAACUGCAAAGAAGUUGUUUUUCCACUGUUGUGACUGACAUCAUAGUGAAACAUACAUGUGUUGGGGGUGUGUCAUUUGAUCUAGGUUUGUUAAUUAAAGAAUUAUUCAAUGUUGA